CAUCCAGCUCUCUUCAACUUCACAUCCAGGACACACGAGCAGCUGUCAACAUGACCAUCAACACACUCAGUCAGGAUGGAGUGCAGCGCCAGCAAAUGCCCUGUCUGACUAAGAUGGAGCGAAUGAUCAUAUCCAUGCAGGACCCUGAUAUGGGCAUCAAGUUGCGCAAUCAGCGUCUCCUUAUUACGGUCAUACCACAUGCAAUGACUGGUGUAGACAUUGUUGAAUGGCUGAUAAAGAAGUUUUCUAUCUCCGAUGAAGAGGCAUUGCACGUUGGACAACUCUUUAUAAAGUAUGGAUACAUUUAUCCUUUAAAAGAGCCAAGAAAUCUUAUUCUGAAAGCUGACGAUUCAUCAUAUCGUUUUCAGACGCCGUAUUACUGGAUGUCGACCCGCUGGCCUGCUUCAGAACUGGACUAUGCAAUCUACUUGGCCAAGAAGAAUAUCCGAAAACAAGGAGAACUAAUUGAGUAUGAAAAGGAGUGCUAUAAUGCCUUACAUAAACGUAUCAACCACACCUGGGACUUUGUUGUGAUGCAGGCAAGAGAGCAGCUCAGGGCAUCAAAACAGCGUCGAAAAGCAGAUCGUAUCGUACUGGAGUGUCAGGAACAAGCUUACUGGCUAGUGAACAGACCUCCUCCCGGUACGCAGGACAGUAUAGAUCAUGGACCGGAAAGAAGAACCAUGAACACACGAGUGCAGCUGAAUGCAGAAUUCUACAAAAAAGAGAUUGAGCAUAACAGGAUAAGCCUGGCAAGGAAUCGUGUAAAGUCCUCCAUUUGCCUUGAGAGUUACGUUAAGUACUGUGAGCAGUACCAGCCCCAUGACCCCAUAAUGCAAGGAUGUCUUCCCAGCAACCCCUGGAUCACAGAUGAUAUCAUGUUUUGGAACAUGACCUCUGAAACAGUGGCUUUGCCGACGAAACUGCGUGUGGAGCGCUGGAGCUUUUGCUUCAUGGAGCUGCUCAACGACCCGAUGGGAAGAAAAGAGUUUCUCACGUAUUUGGAGAAAGAAUUCAGCGCGGAGAACCUGUGUUUCUGGCAGGCCUGUGAAGACGUUCGUCACGGAGAGACUGCAAAAAUUCCAGAGAAAGUGGAUGAGGUUUACAAGCAGUUCCUGGCUCCUGGUGCAAGUCGCUGGGUGAAUAUUGACAGCAAGACCAUGGAAAAGACCUUGGAAGGACUCAAGCGCCCUCAUCGUUUUGUCUUGGAUGAUGCUCAAAUGCACAUUUACUUUCUCAUGAAAAAGGAUUCAUACCCUCGUUAUCUCAAAUCUGAACUCUACAAGAACUUAUUAGCCAGAGCAAUAGUACCACAGGAAACCAAAAAAAGUGUUUUCCCGUUCAUGCGUCGUCAGCGUCACUCCAGCCCCUCGCCUGCCCUCGCCACCCAAACCGCAGAGGAUGAUGGGAAGGCAAAGAACUCCAACUCUAAUUCCGGAACAGCAUCCCGGCUUUAAACAUGCACACAAUAUUUACUGCUUUUUUUUAUUUUGUGCUGUUAUGUUACCUAACACAGCUGUAAGUGGCACCUGCAUUGCUUCUUGUUGUGCUCAUAACUAACAUAACAUUUGUCAUAACUAAAGUUCAUUAUAUAAUAAGAUUGCUAGAUUCCGGUUCACAUUUCUCUAUAUGAUAUUUAGAAAUACAGCUUAUCAUGCAUUUCACAGAUACUAUUUAUGGUGUAGCAAUAAUGCCGUAAGACAACAGAUAUAUUACCAACUUUCAGCUGUUCAACAAAUGUGUUUUCUUCAGUGUUUUAAGUGUAACUUGCUCUUUUCACACAUUUGUUAUGUUUUUAAUGUAUUUAUUUGAUAUAACGUUUUUCCUUUCUGCUAUAAAUGUACUAUUGUUACAGUUUAUUGACAUAUUUUAACAUCACAUGCUUCAGUGAAUACUUGAAUGGACAGAGUACAUCCGUCUAAGAACAUCCAAGAAACCAGUUUUAAAUAAUCAUUAAAUUAUUUAUUUCUCCAUUUAUUGGCAUAUAGAUCAUUUUCAGAAACAGAGGAGACAGAAAUCAAGAGCACAAAUAAAAACAAGAAUAAAGAAACAUAAUCUCUGUGACUGCACUGCUUCAUUCUCAACCCCAAACACAAGUGCAUAUAUGUGCAACUUACAAGGCCUACCAAUGGACACAAAGAAGAACAAGGAUCAUCAUAAGCAAUAUUAAAUCAAAACUAAAUCCCAUAAGAAAGAAGAAAAGGUUUUGGGAUUCGCAGAUCUACAAAUAAACUAUUAUAUUUCUUUUCAAUAUCAAUCCCGAUACUAAAUGAAUAUAAAACAUUGUAAAACAUCUGUAUAAUAUUCCAAUCCUAACCUCCUCUGGAAAACAAGAGAUGAAUCACGUUAAAUGGAAACCCGAGAUGCUGAUUUACAUACACUUGAUCUUUAAAGGACAGCUGCUAUGUAAAAUCUUAACUUAAAAGAACGUCCACAGAUGCCUCUUCAAGUUUAUACUGGCCUGAGGGUUCAGAAGUGCAGAAUUAUGCAUAUCUAUGUAAAGCCUUGAACAAUACAGAAGCUCAUCUUAAAUACAUCAUGUCAUCAUACGUCAGAUACUUAUUACACACACAUAUACACCUUUAACCUAGUAAGGAGACACAGCCGUUCAUACUGGCAUACAACCAUAAUUUCACAUACUGGUAACAUCAAACAAACACAAUUUAAAGCGAGUUUAAGAAGUUCUUCCCCUAGGAAACGGAAGAACAAAAUCUCAAGAAAAUUUCCAAGGCUUUCAGGGAGGAAGAAGGGAGGUCAUUUCUUAUACAUUCCUGACAGUGGUAUAAAUAAUAGUGUAAAACAAUUCUGGCUAUUAAUCGAGGAACUAUUGCACCUGUUCUCCAGUGUAUGCAAACAAUAGCUCAGAGACACAGACAACAGUACUCUCUGGUAAUCACAAUGCCCAACACGAUCCUCAACGUCAUAAGUAGGUCCAGAGAGAAUCUGCAAUUUCUUUAUUUUCUGUGCUGGUUUUGAAAAAAAAUCAUUUCUGCAGAAAAAAAUCCCAGUUCUGCGGGUGCAGAUUCAAUGAAGUGCUAUAAAAAUCAAUGGACAAAAGUGCUGAAUAGACCUUGAAAUCAGUAGUGUUUUUCUCAAAAGAGAU